AUGCUGGCGGAAGAUAGACCAGUGAGGGAAAGUUGUGAGACUCCGGCCUCUCCGAUGGGUGGAUGGUUGAAGAGGAAGAGGAAUGAGCUAACGAUGGGAUGCAACCAAUCAAAACGGUGUGACUCGUGGCUCUUUGUAAUAAAAGCAAGUUCAGUUUUGUGCUGCCAAGACCUUGUUCGAAUGCAAGAAUAUCUAGUAACUGUACCAGCCAUUCCAUCGGAUCAAAUUCAGAGACAAAAACGUUCAGACAGCUUGUGUACGAUGCAGUUCGGAGGAGAAUUUGUGUGGGGAUUGAAGCACGUGCAGACUGUUGUAAUAAUUAUGCGGUCUGGCACGGAACCGUCUCGAUCCCAUAUAAUUGAUAGUGGCGUGAGAGAACUGCAACUACGUGGCAUUAAUAACAUUAGCAGUCAUUGUGUCUAG